AUGGAAGAAGAGAAGACAGCGCCCUCGAUCUCAUGGAUCGAUAUCCGGGAGAAGGUGGUGGAGCAAGCUCUCACGGACGGGGAUUAUGAAGCUCUCCGGCGGAUGUCUGCCCUUCCAGGGGGGUUUGGCGGUGAGGGUAUCAGGCGGAGAGUCUGGCCAGUCCUCCUCCAGACCGACAGAUUCUGCUCUGAAGCUACCCGAUCUUCGACAAGCGACGAAGCGGUACACGAGGAUGAAGGCCAAGUCGGGCUGGACACGAAUCGGUCUUUCGUGGUGUAUCCAACUGGGAUCGUUCCAGAACGGAAGAAAGCUAUGCAGGCGGACCUUUACAAUGUGAUUGUUGGCGUACUGCGUCGGUAUCCGACGCUGAGCUACUUCCAGGGCUACCAUGAUAUCCUGUCCGUAUUCUACCUCACAUAUAUCUCCCAGCCAGCGCCAGAUCCCCUCGUCCGCUCUCGCACAUCUUCUCGGAAUCACUCGAGGUCGACAUCAGCUCGGCCGGAGACAGAGCGGGAAGUCGGUGCCGAGGCUGAGAAGGUAGAAGAUGAGGGAUCUGCUGCGUCGGAAAAUUCAGAGCCGCGUGAUAGUCCGGAGUGGGAGAUACUGAGGAAGUGCGCAGAAGUUGUCUCGGUUCUGAGGGUACGAGACGCUAUGGGAAGCGGGAUGGAGGGCAUGAUGGGGAUGUUGCGACUCCUCAAGCGUAUACUCAGAGCAGCGGACCCUGAACUAUCCCGCUUCUCAUCACAAAUCUCCCCAGUCCCUACUCUCCCCUUCUUCGCCCUCUCCUGGAUUCUCUGCCUGUUCUCGCACGAUAUCGAUACCCUCGAACCUGUCCAGCGGAUGUUCGACUUCCUACUCGCUCGGAAUCCGAUCUCAGCUAUAUACCUCGCUGUCGCUAUCCUCAUAGCGAAGAAACCCCAGAUGAUGGUGCUCGCAGCCGAACUCGGCCCUGAAGCGGCAGAUGACCCAUCCCUCCUCCAUCCUCUCUUCUCGCGCCUACCUCCGCUGUACCCAGACACGCCCGACCAGACAACUCCUCCAUCCCAUAUCACGACCGACGCGACAAAUCGAGAAGGCGACAAUCCCAAUCCAUAUCGUCCAAUACCGCUCAGCGAGCUAUUCAGCCUGGCCGACAGGCUUAUGCUCGAGCACCCAUGGGAUGGACCCGAGAUCCGGGGACAAGAAAUUAUGGGUCAAGGGAGCGUAGUGAUGAGCUAUGAAAAGGAGAUGGCUCCCCGGCCAUUGGAGACGGGGGUAGGGGAUAAGGCUUGGACGCUGGUGGACGCAUUGCAGCUGGUGGAUCAGGAGGUGGUCAAGCCGGGUGCGGGCAUGAUGGAUGAUGAAGAGGAGGACGAGGACGAGGCGCCAGUACCAGUGCGCAAGCCGGGCCGACGAGUACAGAGGCGACGAUGGCUUUUGCGUCUGGGUCGGAAUAAGCUCGGGACGGCAGUAGCGGUCGGCGUGGUGGUGCUUGGGGUGGGUAUGGCGGUGUUUGGUGUGAAAGCGGGAGGGCCACACGCGAGCUGGGCGAGAUGGUGGGCUGCCAUUGUCGGGAAGCAGAUUGCUGGAAGCGGCGCAGGCGGGAGGGUAGGGGACCGGGUGGAUACUGCAGCGGAGGCGGGGCGGUAUCUUGCCCGCUGUCUGAGAGGGAUCAUGUAG